GACUUUUAUUUUGAAGCGUCAUGUUUGGGAUAGGCGUUUGUUGACGCAGUGAUCACAUUAUUGAAGACCUUGAGCACAUGAAAAUAAAAUCAUAACAGCACAUGCAUUUGUGACUAUUAUCAACACUUUAUAAGACAUGGCUAACGUUAAGCGGAUAUUAUUUCCCUUAUAUCAGUUUGGAAACCCUCAGCUGAGAAUAUUUCGCCCUACCUUCAACAUGACCCUAGUAAGACCCGGUAAAGAACAGCCACCGGAUACAGUACAGUUUCGUAUUCCCUUGGAAAUGACAAAAUUCGAUGUGAGAAACUACAUGGAAAAGAUUUACAGCGUUCCUGUAGCAGCCGUGCGCACGAGGAUUCAGUUCGGUACAAACAAGAAAAAAAACCACUUAAACCAGCGGGUGAAGAGGCCAGAUUACAAAGUUGCAUACGUUCAACUGGCUCAGCAGCAAACUUUCCAGUUCCCAGAUAUCUUUCCCGAGAAGGAGAAGCAACACGAGGAGGGCUCUGCGGAGGAGAUGCAGGAGAAGUUCAUGGAGGACGAGCGUCAGAGGCAGAAACCAGAUCCCAGAAGAGGUGGAGUUAAUGAGUGGUUUGGCCUCUAGACAGACAAGCGUUGAAUGAAGAAUGACUUCAGAGAGACAGCGACUGAAUGAAGUAUGUGGUGUAUGGUAGAUUAUGUAUUUACGCAGGAAGAGCCGUUUACAGUGAUCUGACUGGCGUCCACAGAGGGCCGUCUGCAGCGAUCUGAUCUGACUCGAUGGAAAGUGAGACACGAGAAGACUUGAAAAUCCAUCGCUCCCCUAAAACUAUGCUAACGGCCAUGUCAUGAUAUUUUUUUAGCGUAUGUUCCUCUCCCUUGUGAACCAUUCGAAAUUUGGCAUCGCAGGGUGUUUAAAGUUCAUCCAAAAUGUAUUCUCUUUACAGCGAUCUGAUAAAGUGGCUCAGUUCUCCUUGAAAAUUCAUACCGCGUUCCUGAUGGUCUUUUAAACUGUGUACUUCAAUUACAAUAAAAGAGUACGACAUGA